CGGUGCUCGCUGUCCCGGCGCUGCCGCUGUCCCGCUGUCGCUCGGCGCCGCCGGGAGCGCCGGGAGCGCCGGCUCCGUCCCGUCCGCCCGCAGCCCAGCCCAGCCCAGCCCAGCCGAGCGGCGCUGCCGCCGACAGCGCGGGACAUCUCAGGCUUUCUCCAGGCAAGGUCAUACCUGCCAGCCCCACUGGCUCCUAACUUUCCAACUUCAGCUCCUGUCCUAGGUCAGCUUCCCCCCUCAGACCAGCAAGUCCUGCUGCAGUCGGCGGAAGCGGCAAAUUUCAGCAAGAGGACGGGCUGGAGGAGAUGUCACAGAGGCAGCCUCACCCUCAGCCCUGACCUGCUCACCACUUCAGGUUUUCCCUGCACACAGGUAAGCAAGCACAUAGAAGACAGAGAAGUUUCAGGUGUGUGUCUGCAGGUAUACAUUCUUAUAUGACUGUAUAUUGUUAUUUCUGUGAUUUAUGCUUAAUGUUAAUUAAGCUCUUACUUUUUGUUGUGAAACCUCCUGAUUCUCUUUGAUGUUGUCACAUGUUCCUUUUGUUGUAGAGCUGAUACUGUCUGCUCAGGCAGAGGACUGUGUAAAGGACAGUCGAAAAGUAACAAGGUGACAGUCAUGCUUUAAUCUUGUAAUUAUAUUGAAGGGUUUUUUUAAAGUUUUUAACACUUUUCUUGUAAGUCUAAAGGGUGGGGAAACCUUUCCUCCUCUCUCCCUUCCCAUUUCUUUCACAGCACAGGAGGGCGUGUCCCGGAUCAGGUAGCGCGGUCAGGCCCCGUGCUGUUCCCGUGUCCCCGCGGGCAGGGCCAUGGAGGCGGCGGACGUGCCGCCCGAGGGCUACUCGCUGAUCAAGGCCGUGUACCAGCGCCGGCUGCGCCUGACGCGGCUGCUGAUCGACGGCGGGGCCUACGUCAACGAGAGCAACAGCCGCGGCGAGACGCCGCUCAUGGUGGCCUGCAUGACGCCCCACGCCGACCUGCAGAGCGCCAGCAAGGCCAGGAUGGUCAAGUACCUGCUGGACAACAAGGCCGACCCCAACAUCCAGGACAAGUCGGGCAAGACGGCGCUGAUGCACGCCUGCCUGGAGAAGGCGGGCCCCGAGGUGGUGUCGCUGCUGCUGAUGAGCGGCGCCGACCCCAGCCUGCCCGACCACUCCAACUGCUCCGCGCUGGUCUACGCCAUCAACGCGGCCGACAGAGACACCCUGGAGCUGCUGCUGAAGGCCUGCAAGGCGCGAGGGAAGGAGGUCAUCAUCAUCACCACCGACAAGUCCGCCUCAGGGAGGCAGAAAACGAAGCAGUACCUGAACGUGCCUCCUCCAGACCUGCAGCAGUGCACCUCCCCAGCUGACUGCGCCUCCCCGUCAGAGAUAGAGCCCAGCGAGGGUCCAGAGGACCCGUUCAGCUUCAAAGAGCUCUAUGGUGGGCAGCCGGGGGACAGCUCCUCUGAAAGGGUGCCCCUCAUGACCAAAUCCAGCUCCACACCAGCUCGGUUCAAGCUGACGCAGGUGCUGCAGUGUGACCCGUGGCUCAAGUGCUGCCCAGCAGUGUUUCAGCAGAGGAAACUUGCUUCUCCUCAAGAACUUCAGAGCAUCAGUCCCAUGGAAGAGCUCCCCUGUAAAGCUGGCGGCCUUGACUUGUGCAAGAGUGUCACGGCCAGCCACGAGAGCAGGGACAGGAAGGGCACUGCUCAGGUACUGAGACCCUCUGACCAAACCAUGCCCAGGAAAGCACAGCGCGAUGCAAUAAACUAUCAGACUCCUUUUGUGGAAGAGAAACAUAACCCCAGUGAGAUUCCCAUGGGCAUGGAUGCCAGUCUGGGACAAAUCAGCUUGCUUUCUAACAUUGGCAGUAUUAUCAAGAAAGGAAGUGGGGAGCCAAAUUACAACAUCUCCAGUUCUCAGUUAGCUAACAGUCUAAUUCCUGCUGCUGAUACCAAAGGUAGUAAGUCACCAAAAGGAAAUAAAGAGAUUCUUCCUACAUACCAGACUUUGUUACCAAGUCCGAGAAGAGUUCUGGAGAUGUCUCCUGUGUCUCCAAGAGGCAGAAAUCAGGCUCCUCUAGAGGCAGAGGGCUCAGGAGCCCUGGUGUUGGAUCAGACGAGGCCAGGUUUCCUGCCCCCACUGAAUGUGAGCCCCCGCCCCCCCGUUCCAGAGCUCACUGUCAUAAACACAGUUUCUGGAAUGAUUUCUUAUGGACAAACUCACUUAGUGCCCCCAGGAUCUGCUUUCCCUAAGGGGACCAAAGAGACGAAUCUGCUGCGGCGGAGGCCGUACGAGCAGAUCACAGUCUGAGCAGGUUCAGCAGUCACUGCAUCUUUACAGGAGAGCAAAGGGGAUCUUCAUGAUAUGUAAAUAUUCACUGCAGUCCUUGACUGUAAUGGUAUGUACCGCAAAAUAGAGCAGGUCUGUGAUGUAAAGUAAUGUCUGCCUCAGGAUGAGUGCUACAGCACAGAAACCAAAUCCAAAGACAUCUACUGAGGCUGUCUUCUCCAAACUAAGGAGCGUUUAUUUUGCUGGUUCUGUAAAGUUUUCACCUUGCCUCUGACAGACAGCCCACAACAGUCCUUAGGCAUUGCAGUUCUCAUUGCAGGUUGUAAAUGCUACCCCUCCAAGCUUUCCCCAAGCACCCGCCCUUGCCGCGCCCAGAGAGGUGGUGCACACGGAAUUUGGGACCCCGCAGCGUGUGAUGCGAUGCUGGACGCCGGAGUGCCUGUGUGCAGGUUGUACAUAGAAACCCCCGAGAGCCCGGCGUGCGGCGGGCUGCGCGGCAGCAGUUGCACAGCGGCAGUGACUGCUGGCCUCAGCAGCCUCGCAGGCGCGUCAGAGCCGGUGACACCGGUGUGGCCGGGCUGUGCUGCCCGCGGAGCCCCGGCUGCGGGCUGGCAGCGUGCCCCGGGAGCCAGCAGGGCGAGUGACCUGCCCGGGGCGUGCCACAAGCCAGCCCCGCUCGGGCUGCGCCAGCGGCAGCCUCCGCAAUCCGCUCCCUUGGGAAGAGCGGGGCUGCGGGGGCACAGCCUCGCCUGGAGCGGGCUCUGCAGCCUCCUGCAGCUCGGGAGCCCCCGGAAAGAGACCUGCCCGGCAGGCUGGGCAAUGUGCCCCAGCGACAGCCCUGCUCGCCGGGCUGCGGACACCGGGACACACCCGGGGUGUCUGCGCGAGCAGCGGCUGCACACACACACACAGAUUUGGGAGCAGGGAAGAGCUCUGUCCUCCCGCUCACACAGACCCCAAAGGGAGAACCCCACAGCUCCAGGGAAGGUGAGGCCCUGGCAGUUUCCCCAGGGAAGCUGUGGCUGCCCCAUCCCUGGGAGUGUUCCAGGGGCUUGGAGCCACCUGGUCUGGUGGAAGGUGUUCCUGCCAUGGCAGGCACCUUGGAAUGAGAUGGCCUUUUAUUUCAGAGGGUUUCCAACCAAACCACUCUGUGAUCCUGUGAGUCUGAUUAUGAAACUCACCUGGGAGAUGGAAACCCACAUUUUGCCUAACUGGAAACAGAGGGCAGAAUUUCCCACAGGUGGAAAGAAGUCCUCUGCAGCCUCCGAGCUACUGUGUAUUUUUCAGUAUCUCUGUCUAAAAAUCUUUCUUUCCUUUAGUGUCUUGUGGUUCCAAGUAUCUCCCUUGUCUUUGUGUGCAUCCCAUAGAUGCUGGAUUUCUGGUAUUGCAUUUAGCACUUAGA